AUGAGUGAGGAAGAUCACUCAGACAGCCAUGUCGAAGAGCAAGAUUCAUAUGGCACCAGCGUGCUUUCAGCUCAACGAGAUCUUGAACACGAAAUCACAUUUGCACUAAUAUUUAACUGGUUUAUUGGAUGGCCAGUACUAUUCCUACUUUCCACAUUUCUCACAUAUACAAUUUCAAAACAUUAUGUUACAGAACCAUUCAUAGAUGAAAUUUUCCAUAUCCCUCAAACUAUCCAAUACUUUCAUGGUGAUUUCAAAACAUGGGAUCCAAAGAUCACUACACCACCUGGUUUAUAUUACUUAGGUUAUGUCUGGUCCAAGAUCAUCAAAUUACUACAUCUACCUGUCAAUCCAAUUGGAUUGGGAACUUUGCGUUACUUGAAUACCAUUGGUGGUACUCUAGUACUUCCAUAUGUUUUAAACCCAUUAUUUGUGCUAAACCCAAUCGGAUUUUGGCCUGUAUCACUAAUUAGUUUCCCAGUUCUUUCAUCAUUCUACACACUAUACUAUACAGAUGUUUGGGCUACUAUUAUGAUUGUUAGCUCGUUGAGUGUUGCUGUGGCUUUACCAUAUAGUGACAAAACAAGUAUUAGACUAUCUGCAUUGUUGGGGUUAAUAAGUGUGUUCUUUAGACAGACAAACAUAAUCUGGAAUAUUUUCAUUUUAGUCCUAGUUGUGGAGAGAAGGGCUAUGAUACAAAAAAAUUUCACAAAAUCACCUUUGAAUAAUAUUAUCAAAUUCAUUAUUCAAUUUGCUGAGGAUUUCAACGACUAUGUGUUACCAUAUGUGAUCAAUAUGGUGUUGUUUUUCAUCUUUGUCAUAUACAAUAGAGGUAUCACAUUAGGAGAUAAAGAAAACCAUGUUGCAGGAUUACAUAUAGCUCAAAUCUUCUAUUGUUUCAGUUUCCUAAUGGUUUUCAGCUUACCAUUAUGGUUAUCACAAUAUAGAUUGACAUCAUAUUUUGCAAGAUAUAAACAAGCACCAAUUUUCAUAUUUUUUGAAUUUCUCAUAAUUGCAUUUUUUGUCAGGUUCUUUACAGUUGUUCAUCCAUUUUUAUUGGCAGAUAAUAGACAUUUCACAUUUUAUAUUUGGAGGAAAAUAAUAAAUUCAAGAUGGUACACAAAAUAUUUGAUCAUUCCUGUUUAUCAUUUCUCCAUAUAUGUUGUCAUUCAACAACUAAUUGCAAAUGCAUUUUACUUUGAUGCUAUCCAAGAAAUACCAUUCAAGAAUGCAAGAGAUUUACCAUUGAAACCAACAGGGAUCUCUAUUACUGCAUUAUUAGGAUGUAUUUUCUUAACAAUUGUUCCAUCACCAUUAUUUGAACCAAGAUAUUAUAUUGUUCCAUAUAUUUUCUUUAGAUUAUUUGUUGCUGUUCCAUAUGAAACUUUUUUCAUUGGUGAACCAAUUUCUGAUAUCACAUUGAGAAGAUUAAAAUGUGAAUUAAGUUAUUUUAUUGUUAUUAACACUAUGACUACUUUGAUAUUCAUCUUUUAUACAUUUUCAUGGGAUUCAGAAUCUGCACUACAACGUAUAAUAUGGUGA